AUUUCCUUAUCAAACUGAACAGCCUCCCACCAUCACUUCUCAUCCGAAGUUAAGCAAGCAAUACCUACUUUUCCUUGCUUUUGCCUCUUUACUUUUCCUUCAAGUACAACUCUAGCUCUCUCUCAAAUAAAAUCCUAGUUGUUGGGAUAUCAGAGAUAUUGAUGCUGUUGAGUAUUCAUUCUGCAGAUCUAACUUCUCUUGAUCUACACGUACUCUUGAAGGCCAAGUUAAUAUUCUGGAUUGCCCUCAGCCAAGUAUUACGUGACACCCUAAAGUGUCUUGGAAAUUCAUUCAAGAAAGCAACUAUGCCCUUCGGAUUGGUUUCAGCAUGGAACAAGCGCCGGAGAAGCAAGUCCCAUGACAGCAUAGACCCUUGGAUUUAUAAACCUCUGGAAUUUUGGCAACUUGAAGAUCAAACCCCUCAACCCACGAAAAGGCACAAUGGAUCAUCAGUUUUCACGCUCAAGGAAAUGGAAGCAGCAACAAACUCAUUCAGUGAAGAGAAUUUGCUCGGAAAGGGAGGAUUCGGACGAGUUUACAGAGGCACUCUGCGGUCAGGAGAGGUGGUAGCAAUCAAGAAAAUGGAGCUGCCACCAUUUAAAAAGGCCGAGGGGGAGCGAGAGUUCAGAGUAGAAGUUGAUAUGUUGAGCAGACUUGCUCACCCAAAUCUGGUUUCCUUAAUAGGCUAUUGCGCUGAUGGGAAGCACAGGUUUCUGGUUUACGAAUAUAUGCAGAAUGGAAACCUGCAAGAUCAUUUAAACGGUAUUGGGGAAGCAAAAAUGGAUUGGCCUACAAGACUCAAAGUGGCCCUUGGAGCAGCUAAAGGACUUGCUUAUCUCCAUUCUAGUUCUGAUGUUGGGAUUCCAAUUGUUCAUCGAGAUUUCAAGUCCACCAACGUUCUUCUAAACGCCAACUUUGAAGCAAAGAUAUCCGAUUUUGGACUUGCCAAAUUAAUGCCAGAGGGCCAGGAGACCCAUGUAACAGUUAGAGUGCUUGGCACAUUCGGCUAUUUUGAUCCCGAGUAUACAUCGACAGGGAAACUCACUCUACAAAGUGAUGUUUAUGCAUUUGGAGUGGUUCUUCUUGAGCUUCUGACUGGACGUCGAGCCGUGGACUUAAACCAGGGACCAAACGAUCAAAACCUUGUACUACAGGUAAGGCACAUAUUGAAUGAUCGGAAGAAACUGCAUAAGGUGAUAGAUCCAGAGCUGAGCCGAAGUUCAUACACCAUGGAGUCUAUAGCCAUGUUUGCAAACCUGGCAUCAAGAUGUGUCCGUAUUGAGAGUAGUGAGAGACCCUCAAUGGCAGAAUGUGUAAAAGAAAUCCAAGUGAUUAUUUAUUUAAAUUCAAAAGGCUUGGGCACGGCUAUGCACACUUUAAGAAUGGUCUAAUAAAGCCCGAUGUUUUAAGCAGGGUGUAAGUGCUCUAAGUGAAUAAAAAAGAGGAAGAAGAUCCUUUAUAUUCUAUUAAU